AUGUCCGCCAGUGGGAGCUCCAGCCCGGAGCCAGCUCCCCGCAAACGCGGACGACCACAAGUAACACCUCUCGAACCCUACCGAGAAACGAUUGUGAAGCUCUUCUCCGAGGACAAUGUCCCCAUCAUCGACAUUGCCCGGCGUCUGAAUAUUGACUUCGGUCUGGACAUCUCUGAACGGACCAUCUCACGAAGACUAACAGCAUGGGGCGUGCCACGAAAGAAGACUCGCGUAGCAGCGACGGAAGAACUUCGCGAUCGAAUUGUCUUCCACUACAACAAGAAUCUGAAUGACGAGCAGAUUGCUGCUGCCUUGCGGACCGAAGGAUUCGAGAUAAAGCCAAGGAACCUUGCAAGAUUAAGGCAGAAAUUGGGCAUGAGAAGGAGGUCGAAAUAUCCCGAAUUCAGAGAAUAUUCAGACGAAGAAGGAGACGCACCAUCUGCACAACUUGCUGCUGAAGCUCCUACUGCCCAAUCAAUACCUCCACUGCCCAAGGUAUCACCAAAGAAACCCAAGAAGAAGAUGAAGACCAAGCACAAUGCGGCAUUGAUCCCGAAGGUUACAGCUUUCGUGGAGAAGUACAUGAGUAACUACGAUGGCUCUCAUGACUUCAAUCACAUUCGCAGAGUGGUGGGACUUGCGCAUCUGAUAUACACGGAGAUCAACAAGGAGAAACAAGCUUCCCCGCCAAUGUUCGACGAGGAGCCAGAGCUGGAUCUACAUGUCAUUACGCUUUCCGCGCUUCUGCACGACGUGGGAGACAAGAAAUAUUUGAAUCCGGGCGAGGAUGGGAACACGCAAGUUCUCGCCACACUGCUGAGUAUGGGUGCGCCUGAAGAGCUGGCUAUCAAGGUGCAAAGGAUCGUUCUGGGUGUAUCUUACUCUUCGGAAAUCAAAGAUCCGGAUGCAGUAAAGGCCAUGAUUCAAAAGUAUCCCGAAUUGGCAGUCGUGCAAGAUGCGGAUCGAUUGGAUGCUAUAGGAGCUGUUGGGAUUGGAAGGACGUUCACAUUCGGCGGAGCCAAGGGCGCCAGAGAGAUGGGAGAAACGAUCCAACAUUUCGACGACAAACUGGAGAGACUAGAAAGCAUGAUGAAGACUGGACCAGGCAAGAAGCUGGCACGGGAACGCACGGAGAGGCUGACUACCUUCAAGAGUUGGUGGGAAGAAGAACAGCGAGGAGCAGAAGGCUUAUUGCGUAGGAAGUGA